AUGUCGGACCAAGAGCGCUUGUUGAGCUCGGUGAAGAAGGAAGUGAGAUCACUGCUGACAGCAGUCAAGAGUGGUCUCACCCCUGGAGAGUUAGAAAAAGAAUACAGGUCCAUGAUAGGUGAACAACUUCCUUUUCGUGCACUGGGUUACCAAUCUACAAUGGAACUGGUGGUGGACCUGCCUGAUGUUGUCAGUAUGUGCCGUGGUAGAGAUGGCAGUGUUGUCCUCAAAGCUAUUGCAGAUCAGUCCACAAUGGGGAUUGCAAGCUUGGUUGCCAGACAGAAGAGCAAACCUAAAUGCCAUCUUCCCAGACUGAGGCCCAAAGUCUCUUUUGGACACGCAUCUCGCCCUAGCCGGCCUUGGCAGACCCAGACUCCUCAAAGCUUACCUCGGCGUGGCCGAGCCCCCCCAACCCUACCAGCCGUAGUGAAGAGUCAGCUGAAGGAACUCUUGAAGUCUUCCCCAGUCCUGCUGUCAGAUUUUAACAAAGCCUUUGCUCAUCACUUUGGGCGGAACUUUGAAUUUGCGCACUAUGGCUUCUUCUCUAUGUCGGAGGUGCUGAAGGCAGCUGCUGACAUUAUCACAGUUGUGCAGACAAGAGCAGGCUCCAUGUUGACCCUAAAAAGGAGUCCCUCGCCUAAGAAACAACCAGAAAAGCUGCCACAGCCCAAAGUGGUGAUUCAACCAACUACCAAUGUGAAACAGACCCUGCCACCUAUUCGGUCAGCUCCUACCAUGGAUACCUGUUAUCUGGCACCCAGCCUGCCUACACAGAACCAAAACCAGACUCCAAACCAGGAAUCUGAUACUUCAUUAGUUCAGUUGAAACCAGAGGAAGCCCCAGUGGUAGAGUGUGAUAAGAUGAAGCAGUUGCAGAAACAGAUGAAAAUGGCACUUGUCCAGAGAGGACUUGGAGGAACAGUCAGCUCAGAACUCAAGGAAAAAAUCAAAAAAAUUGCAGAACAACACCCAGAAGGCUUGCUUGUUUCCAGGUUACCUGGUGAAUUUGAAGCGCAGUUUAGAGAACUGCUGCCAGUGAGAGAGUUGGGUUUCUUAACCCUGAUGGAGCUUGUUGGUGCCCUUAGCGACAUCCUCCAUAUUGAGUGCAAAGAAGGGGAACAAGAUUGGCGCAUGUUUGACAUCAAUUCACAGUGCUCAGUAGAUGAUGAAGAGACUAAUCACGAGAUCUCCCUGUCUGGUUCGUUGGCACACGAGGAGGCUUCUGAUAAGCAUGAGCUGCCCUGUUGGGAUUUUCCUUCAGAGGGUACAAAGAAUCUGGAAGCUAAGUUUAAUGUAGUAACAAAGAUUGUGAAACCGCACCUGGAUCUGGAAGAGCUUCAUGUAAUGCAGGAGAUAAUGAAAGAAGAAAUCCCACCAGAUGCUGUUCAAGACAGGCACCUCCAUCGCCUCCCUCAGCUGGAGAGCGCUACUUUGGUGGCUCUGUCUGUGGAGUACAUGGUCUCUCCUUCUCAAUUUUAUGUCCAGAUUUACAGUGCUGAAACUUCUGAGAAACUGGAAGAUAUGACGAUUGAAAUGAGACGAUGCUAUGCUAGUAAAAAUGUAGCAGACCGUUAUGUUGUACCUGAAGCCUCAGUCAAGCCUGGCCAACUUUGCUGUGUGAGGAACUUAGAAGACAAAUGGUGGUACCGAGGUAUUAUCCAUCGUGUUCUCAGAGACCAGCAAGUGGAAGUGUUUUACCUAGACUUUGGAAACAUGGGGAUAGUCCCAAAAUCUAAUCUGAGGCUUCUCAAAGAAUGCUAUGCAAAUCUUCCUGCCCAGGCUAUACCUUGUUGUUUGGCCCAGAUGAAACCCGCAAAGGGUGAUUGGACUACCGGUGCCAUACUUGAAUUCCAAAGGCUGUGUGGGUUGAAACUGCUGGUGGGAGUGGUGGAUGAAUACAUAGAUGGCGUCCUUCAUCUCUUCCUUUGUGACACCAGCUCUGAUGAAGAUAUCUACUUUCACGAUGUAUUGAGAUUAAAAGGCCAUGCAGUCAUCUGCAGAGAGAACAUUCCUUCCAAGGGCUUUAGAGAUUUUAAUCCUUCCACUUUAUAUCUGAAGCCCAGUCCAAAGCAAAAGGUUGGACUGAAAGAGGGAGAUGCUUCCUUGUUUCAGCAAGAAUCACGACAGGAUCUUCCAGAAAGCUUGGAUGUCUUUUCUAAAAAGUCAUGUGACUGCCAAGCGAGAAACCCCUGCAGAGAGUCCCCUGAGAAUUCAAGACCAGUGCCAAAGGAAAAGAUUUUGCAAACUAAGGAUCCAGCCAACUCAGUGACAUUGCCGUACCUGGAGCCUGUUUGUUUAGCCACAGAAAUCUGGGAUGAGGACUGGAGACCUCUCCUUUGUGUCAGAGAAGAAGAAAAAGGCAAUCACUGCAAUAAUUUGUGCCCAGACAUUGCAGUAUCUUCCAGCCGAACUUGGAACAACGAAGGGAGAACUAAUGAGGCCCAACAUAGCCAAAAGCUGGAGCCGCAGACAACUGACCCUCUUCAAAAUGCAACUGAUUGCUCCUGGCAGACUGUGGAGGAGUUUUACAUCUCCAUUGUUCCUUCCCAGCAGUCAACAGACCCAAGUCAGGUUGCCCUGGAAGCAAACAAACUGCUUGCCUGCAAGUCCCAGCCUCUUCCAGAAUUGUCUACCUCUCCGGUGGACAAAUGCAAUGGAGAAGUGCCUUCCAAGAGGAAAGAAGACCAUGUCUCCAGGACCCAACUUGUUGCCUUUACCGCUCCCAGUCCUUGCUGUGUCCAGGAAGAGAGAGGUCACAACAACCCCUUGGUGUUCACUGCGGAGCAUCAGCGCUCUCCACUGUUCUGUAUCCCUUACUGCCCUUCUGCAGCCCUGGGGGCCUCUGCACGCCUAGCUGCAUCUGGAGGAUAUUUCUCCCUCGGCCGGAGGAUGGUGAAUCUAUGA